AUGGCUACCUCGACCUUGCAUAGCCGUGCCGAGGCGGCCCACGCCGACCCCGAGCAGGCUUCUUAUACACCCAACUACCACUCGAGUCUCGAUGGCGUCAAUCAACCUAUGAAUCUGCUCUUCAAGGAUGUGCUCUGGUGGACACUGGGCAUCAUGGCCCUCAUCGUUCUCGGCAUCCGCAUCUUUGAGAUCCUCUGGGCAAAGCUCCGCCAGGUGUCGACGCUCAACGUGGCCGGCAACAAGCAGGGCUACUGGAGAACAUCGCAGUGGAGCUGGAUGCCCGAUAUCAAGAAGCACAUCAUCUAUGCGCCGUUGUGGAAGAAGCGUCACAAUAGAGAAAUGAGGCUCUCUUCCGCCAUCAGCAUGGGUACACUCCCCUCACGACUUCACUUUGUCAUCCUCUUCAUCUACCUCGGUAGCAAUACUGCCUACAUGUUUGUCCUCGACUGGGCCAACCAGAACAAGAUGGCUCUCUGCGCUGAACUUCGAGGCCGCUCUGGCACUCUGUCUCUGGUCAACAUGGUGCCCCUUAUCAUCUUUGCCGGACGAAACAAUCCCCUCAUCGCCAUUCUCAAGAUCAGCUUUGAUACUUACAACCUGCUUCAUCGAUGGAUGGGUCGCAUUGUCGUCCUCGAGGCCAUCAUCCACACCAUCGCCUGGGCUAUUGUUGCUGUUGACGAUAUUGGCUGGGAGGGCGUUUGGCAUUCCAUCGCCACCAACCUCUUUGUGGGAUCAGGAGCAGUCGGAACGGUGGCUAUGACCCUCCUAAUGAUUCUCUCGCUCUCACCUCUGCGACACGCCUUCUACGAGACCUUUCUCAACGUCCACAUCGUCUUGGCUUUUGUGGCCUUUAUCGCCACUUGGGCUCACUGCGCCUCGUCUGAACUCCCUGGCGGCCUUCCCCAGCUCCCCUGGAUCAUGGCCAUCAUGGCCCUUUGGUUCGCUGACCGCCUCGCUCGCAUGAUCCGGAUCGUCUACGUCAAUUGGUCCGCCAAGGGAUGGACUGACGCUUUCUGCGAAGACAUGCCUGGCAACGUCACCCGAGUAACGCUUCACCUGCCCAGAUACGUCGACGUGCAGCCUGGAACUCACGCCUACCUGCGAUUCUGGGGCCUCUGUGCCUGGGAAAGCCACCCCUUUUCCAUCGCCUGGGUUGAGCACGUCAAGGACUCUACCCUACCCGUCCUCGAAAAGGAACCCCUCAACGCCAUCGACAAGGCCAACACGACUACAAAGGUCUCGUUCCUCAUUGGAGCCCAGACCGGCUUCACCAAGAAGCUCAACGAUCGCGUCUCCUUGUCCCGCCGACCUCUCCGCAUCAAGGCUGCCAUGGAAGGCCCCUACGCCGGCCACAACAGCCUCGACUCGUACGGUCACGUCGUUCUCUUUGCCGGCUCGACUGGCAUCACGCACCAGAUCUCGUACAUGCGCCACCUCCUCCAAGGAUACAACGACGGCACGACAGCGACUCGACGCAUCACCCUCGUCUGGAUCAUCCGCGAGUACGAGUCCCUCGAGUGGGUUCGCCCCUACAUGGACACGAUCCUUCGCAUGCCCAACCGCAAAGACGUCCUCCGCGUCCAGGUCUUUGUGACUCGGCCCCAGAACCCAAGCGACAUCGUCAGUGCUAGCGCCACAGUGCGCAUGUUCCCAGGACGGCCCAACGUUCCCCUCCUCCUCCAGAAGGAGGUUCAGGAGCAAAUGGGAGCCAUGUGCGUCACCGUGUGCGGUCCAGGUGCCCUCGCCGACGACGUCCGGGAGGCAUCACGCGUAGUCCAGGGCUCGAGCGUCGUUGACUUUGUCGAGGAGAGCUUUACGUGGUAA